AUGGCUUCAGACGCACCCCCCUCACCAACCUCACCGACCUCACAAAGACGCCCCCGCGCCACCACCAAUGCAUCGGUAGUCUCAAAUGCAAGCACCCUCCUCCGGUCUGCGUCGAUUAAGCUCAUGAACGCCGACCCGCCGCUCGGCAUGUGGGCAGCCACCGGUAUCAAUGCCGCCCGGGCACCGUCUCUGUCAGACAUACGACGGAAUUCAUUCGGACACGACGGAUGGCAGGAUCCAGCGGCGCAAGAGCGACGAGGCAGCGGUGGUGAGAGAAGCAGACCCCGGAUCGGGAGUCGAGGGAGUUCAGGGUGGUCGGGUCGGCAGAGGAAGAUGAGCGGAGGCGCUGGUACGGGUGCAGAGCCGUUCCCGCAUCUAGCAGAGGAAGACGCAAGCAUAGGGCCGCGCGCCGACGAGACACAGACGCACCCAGCGACAGAAUCCAAAGCCGCCGAGAAGACCAUAGUGCCAACCACCACGGCCAAUACAGACACCACAGACGCGACUUCAUCCGUUGGAGGCUCUGCCCGUGCAACCACCCCUCCCACCGCCACCUCUCCCUACGCAAACGGCUACAUACCACCCCCCAAACUCCCCUGGACAACUAGCACCCUAAUCGGCCUGAAAGCCUUUUGGCGCUGGUUCCUCACCAUCCCGGGCUUCUCCAUCACGCUCUACGGCCUAAACAUCGUGGCCUGGGGCGGCAUGCUCUUCCUCCUCCUCUGCAACGCCGCGCCCGCGAUGUGCCAUCCCUCAUGCAACCACAUCAACUCCCCGCGCAGGAUCUGGGUCGAGAUCACGUCCCAGAUCCUCAAUGCGCUGUUCUGCGUUACGGGCUUCGGGCUCGCGCCGUGGCGGUUUCGGGACCUGCGGUUCCUUAUCCAGGCAAGGACGGGAUGGUACGGCCCUGGCGCUACCAAGGAAGAGAAGAAGGUGAACGGGUGGAGGAGGCUUGCCGGCAUCAACAGAAGCUGGUUCCGGCUGCCGGGCAGCGACAAGCUGAGCUUGCCGACCGCGGACGAGGUUCCCGACGAGAUGAACCCAGCACUGCCGCUGCCGCCGAGCAAGCGCCCCGACGAGCCGCUGACGGGUGUGCGGUCGCCGCCCACCAAGAAGUGGAAGAUGGAUUUCGUCAUCUGGAUGAAUGUGUGGAAUACCUUCUUCCAGAUCGCGUUGUGCGUAUGCAUGUGGGCUUACAAUCGGAUUGAACGCCCGGCUUGGUCCACGGGCUUGUUUGUGGCGCUCGCGUGUGGAGUGGCGGGCGCGGCGGGGAUCAUGAUGUUUGUGGAGGGGAAGAAGGUUAAGAAGGUUGAGGGCGUGCCGCCAAAGGUGGAGCAGAAGGUUAGGGAUGUCGAGGAGGGGGUCGAGAUGAGGGAUGGAGUUGAUAAGAAGGGUGCGGCGAAGGUGAAGAGGGAGGAAGAGGGAGAGAGCUUCAGGAAGCAACUUUCGAAGUAUUGGGGGUAG